UCCUGAGUGCACGGACCGUUCGCCUGCCAAGCCGGCGCCGGAAGUGAGCAUUUCCGAAGCGGCGCCCGGAGCUGCCACGUCCGAAGCCGGGAGUUGAGCGCUGCCACACAGCCAUGGUGUCAGUAAUUAACACUGUGGACACCUCCCAUGAGGACAUGAUUCACGAUGCCCAGAUGGACUACUACGGCACACGCCUGGCAACCUGCUCCUCGGACAGGUCCGUCAAAAUCUUCGAUGUGCGCAACGGAGGGCAGAUCCUCAUUGCCGACCUCAGGGGACAUGAGGGGCCAGUGUGGCAAGUGGCCUGGGCCCACCCCAUGUAUGGCAAUGUCCUUGCGUCCUGCUCCUACGACCGGAAAGUGAUCAUCUGGAAGGAGGACAACGGCACCUGGGACAAGACCCAUGAGCACUCAGGACACGACUCCUCAGUGAACUCUGUGUGCUGGGCCCCCCAUGACUAUGGCCUGAUCCUGGCCUGCGGGAGCUCGGACGGGGCCAUCUCCCUGCUGACCUACACUGGGGAAAGCCAGUGGGAAGUGAAAAAGAUCAACAACGCUCACACUAUUGGCUGCAAUGCUGUCAGCUGGGCCCCUGCUGUGGUGCCUGGAAGCCUCAUAGACCAGCCGUCAGGCCAGAAACCCAAUUACAUCAAGAAAUUUGCAUCGGGUGGCUGUGACAACCUCAUCAAGCUAUGGCGGGAGGAGGAAGAUGGCCAGUGGAAAGAGGAGCAGAAGCUGGAGGCACACAGCGACUGGGUUCGAGACGUGGCCUGGGCCCCCUCCAUCGGCCUGCCCACCAGCACCAUCGCCAGCUGCUCUCAGGACGGUCGAGUGUUCAUUUGGACCUGUGAUGAUUCCUCAGGCAACAUGUGGUCACCCAAACUGCUGCACAAGUUCAACGAUGUCGUGUGGCACGUGAGCUGGUCCAUCACAGCCAACAUCCUGGCCGUCUCGGGCGGAGACAAUAAGGUGACCCUGUGGAAAGAAUCUGUGGAUGGACAGUGGGUGUGCAUCAGUGACGUGAACAAGGGCCAGGGCUCUGUGUCAACAUCCGUCACAGAGGGCCAACAGAACGAGCAGUGACAGCACAACAGGCCUGGACUGCCCCCCUCUGGGGACAAUCGACCAAACAACUGGGAAGCAGGCUCCCAGCUCCACUGCGAUCUGUGCCGGGGUUGGUCACAGAUGUCAUCGCCGAGGCUCAGCUGCUGUAAUGGGAUUGCGUACAGUGUGCAGUUUACUGCCCAGCUGAAAGCAUUUGUAUUAAGAAGAAUCGAUAAAUGACUAUUAUUUUAAAAUAUUUUUGGCCAUUUUUAUGUACCUUUGGGUUCAGGAUAUUUCCAGACCAAUAAAAUCAUGUUGCUUAUAA